AUGUCAAGGGCAUGGGCUGGUGUUGGAGUUGGAGUUGGGGACAACGGAAUCCCUUCGAUCGCCUCCUUCUCUCCCGCUCUGAGCUGGUCAUAUAGAUGUUUUCGUCAUGCGUUUAUCCACCUGAUACGGCUUGUGUCGGGGUGCGCAAUUGUUGUGGCAUAUUCCUCCGCGGAUUCGACGUUGAGGUUGAAGCUCUGUAAAACAAGAGACCAGCGUGAGGAUGUGCAUGAAGAUGUGCAAGUGGGAAUGUUCUGCAAGUGCGGGAGUCCUGGAGUCCCGGCACAACCUGCCAGCUACCCCUCCUCUCCUCCACCAUCGCUCUCCUCCCAGCGUGAAGGCCGUAAGGCCGAGCGUGGGCAUAAGGCCGAGCGUGAAGGCCGUAAUAAGGCCGAGCGUGAAGGCUGUAAUAAGGCCGAGCGUGAAGGCUGUAAUAAGGGCGAGCGUGAAGGCUGUAAUAAGGCCGAGCGUGAAGGCUGUAAUAAGGCCGAGCGUGAAGGCUGUAAUAAGGCCGAGCGUGAAGGCUGUAAUAAGGCCGAGCGUGAAGGCUGUAAUAAGGCCGAGCGUGAAGGCUGUGAUAAGGCCGAGCGUGAAGGCUGUUAUAAGGCCGAGCGUGAAGGCUGUCAUAAGGCCAAGCGUGAAGGUUGUAAUAAGGCCGAGCGUGAAGGCUGUAAUAAGGCCGAGCGUGAAGGCUGUGAUAAGGCCGAGCGUGAAGGCUGUAAUAAGGCCGAGCGUGAAGGCUGUAAUAAGGCCGAGCGUGAAGGCUGUAAUAAGGCCGAGCGUGAAGGCUGUCAUAAGGCCGAGCGUGAAGGCUGUAAUAAGGCCGAGCGUGAAGGCUGUGAUAAGGCCGAGCGUGAAGGCUGUUAUAAGGCCGAGCGUGAAGGCUGUCAUAAGGCCAAGCGUGAAGGCUGUAAUAAGGCCGAGCGUGGGCGUAAGGCCGAGCGUGAAGGCUGUAAUAAGCACGAGCGUACACAUUACCAAAACCGAUCGCCCGAGACAGCCCGGAAUAGGGGCAGCCUCGCGAUACGCUUAGCAACCUUCUCGACUCGCGAUCGCCCGAGACAGCCCGGAAUAGGGGCAGCCUCGCGAUUUGUUUGCCAUUCUACGUCACAAACCCACUCCAAUGCUCCUGGGACAACCUACGUACUCCGCCCCAACUAA